AUGAGUGGGUUUGUAUUUGCUCAUAAUAAUAUCUUUUCCUCGUGGUGGAUGUGUCUCACCUUAUUCCUACGACUUGUUGAUAAAAAUUCGAGUCCAGAAUAACUUUUCUUUAAACAAUCCAAUUCACUUUGCUUUGUGAUAUAUUUUUCAAUUCCUUCCCUCAAAUCCCAUUCUUCUUUGAUAAAACACAUUCCCACGGUAAUCUUCGUUGAAGAAGAAUCAUCCAUCACGAAAUAAUCAUUUCUUGCACAAACAAACAUCACCUCUUGCUACACCAAAAGCAACAUAAAAUCGGCACAGCAUUCUCGCAAUGACAUUCAUUGCCGAUAGUGCUAGUGAAACAACAUCACUCUCUAGAAAUUCAAUGGAUGAUUCAAUAACAACGACCAUCACUCACGAAAAUGCCAACGCCAGCGCCGAUUCCGCCAUUGAGUCAAGAUCUUGCACUGCCUGUCCCCCUUCCCAUACCAACGCCAAAGCAUCUCCGUCGCACCUUUAUGCUCAACAGCUCAAUAACACUGCAGCGCUAUGCAUAGAGAUCGGUCACUACAGCAGAGCUAUUUCCUCACUACAAAAGGCGCUUGAACUGAACCGGAACCAAAACAAGGAAUGGAAGGAUCGAAACCAGCCGGUUUGCCGAUGUUACAAGUGCACACUAGAUGCGUGCAUUUACUAUUCAGAAAACACUCCCUCUGAAGCCACUGUCAAUUCGUUUGCGGCUGUUCCCAUCAAUAGUGGAAAUACGGAGACAAUAAACGACGGCAUCGACAACAAAAGACGCAAAGUUUGCUUGCCCUCUCCGAAGAAGAAGGCAGAUUCUGCUUUUUGGAAACCACCUUCGUACACCAGACGGCGGCAGCACCAACAUCAACAACGAUUGUCAUCGCAAAACCCAAACGUGCCAGGUCACGAGAACAAAGAAAACAUUGGAUCGCGAGUCCCGAUCCACAAGAAUUUACCUAGAACGCACAAGAAUGAACAAAAAACAGAACCACCAAAACAGGACCACUAUCAAGAAGAGGACGACGAAGACGACGGUUACAGCGGUGGGUACAUCUACAGAAGGCCCAUUCGAGUGAUUUGCGAGGGCCAUGCCAUGGGCUCGACUCUGUACCUCAUCAUAACUUUCAACCUCGCCCUCGCGAACCAUCUCUUAACCAUUAGUAGUUGCUACAAUGGCGAUGCCAAGGGAGGCAGCAGUAGCAAGAAGCUCGUCAACAGAACCCUUGCCUUGUACCAACUCACCUACAAAUGGCAGCUCAAACUCCUCUGCGGCGGAAACCGAGGCGGCAGUGCUAGUGCUGCAAUUCUGCCACCUUCCCCUUCGUCGCAACCACCAUCACCAUCCUCCUCCUCUCCGCAGUCUUGCACCGCCGUGACGAGCAUUCGGUUCAACAUGAUCAUUCGAAACAAUCUGAGCCAGAUCCACCGCUUGGUUGGGAACCAUGAGAAGCACAAGAGAUGUUUGCAAUUCCUCUUGAGCACGGUCAUGGUAGUCACGGAAUACAAAUCUAGAACCCCUAUGAAUCGAGUCAUCAGCAACCACACGAAGGAUCCCAGAUCCAUGGAACUCGAUGGCUUUUUGCGGAACACAACCGCAAUUAUCCUGCAAAAGGGGCACUGUGCCAACGCUGCGUAACGAGCAAGCAAUCGCAUAGGCGGCAGCAAUGGAUGCUGUAGCAAAACAAAAUGGAGAUUCUUGCCAAUGAAAACUACGAAAAAAUAAUAAAAAUAGAACGAGAGA